GGAAAGCUAACAAGGCAGACUGAAAAAAAAGUGGCUGACAGAUUAAAUAGCGUGUAGAAGGCAAAAAGGUGAGCAGAGGUGCAAGUGUGCAACAAGAGAGAGGAACGCUGGCAGAGUACGGAUUGGAGCACCAUCAGUGAGUGAAUUACUACUGUUACUUCUGCUAAACCCGCCUGGAACAAGAAGAGCAACUGCACGCCAAGCAACUUUAGAGAUCGACAAGUGAAUGAGCCUGUUUGCAUCAGCGGAGAAAACCUUUAGAAAAGAGGCGGACAAGUUACUACGUUCUCCUACAGGUGAGGUGUGAACUGUGAGAACUACCACUGACAUGAUGUCUGUGAGACGCCGUCAGCGUUGCCACUCCCUCUCUGAUGACUCUGAGGAAGCUAAUGGGAACCAUGCAGAUCCUGGACCUGGACCUGAACCAGAACCAGAAGAACUUGACUGGGAUAGCUAUAGCACCACACUGGAGCAGAGAUUAGCAGCUGAGCAGGAGAGCACCCAGGUGUCGGAGCAGCGCUGCAUCCAACUGGACAAGGCCCGGUGUGAGCUGGAGCGGCAGCUGUCCGGCCUGUCGGAGCGUCUGGAGGAGGAGGAGGCCUGCUCCACCCAGCUGGCCCUGCACAGGGACAGGCUGGAGGCCGAGUGCAGCAGCCUGAGACGAGACCUGGACGAACUGGAGAGCGCCCUCACAGCCGCUGAACAAGAUAAACAGUCGUGUGCCAGUGAGGUGAGAAGACUGGCGGAGCAGCUUUCCCAGAAGGACGAAGCAGUGCAGAAGCUCCACAAAGAGAGGGAACAUCUGGUGGAGUUCAGCCAGCAGGCCAUCGAGGACUUGCAGAGUGAGGAGGAGAAGGUGAAUCUACUGACCAAAGAAAAAACCAAGCUGCAGAUGCACGCUGAAGACCUUCAGUAUCAGCUGGAGAAGGAGCGGCAUCAGCGCGGCGAACUGGAGAAGAGUCGAAGGAAACUGGAGGGCGACACUCGAUCCACUCAGGAAAGUCUGGGGGAGAUGGAGAAGAUGAGGACCAGCCUGGAAGACCUCAUCAAAAGGAAAGACCUGGAGAUCAGCAGCACCAGUUCCAAGCUGGAGGCAGAAGAAACGCUCAACAUCAGCCUUCAGAGGAAAAGCAAAGAACAGCAGGCCCGAAUCGAGGAGCUGGAGGAGGAGCUGGAGGCAGAGCGGGCCAUGAGAACUAAGGUUGAAAAGCAGAGGGCAGAUCUAACCAGAGAGCUGGAUGAUCUCACCGACAGGUUGGAGGAAGCAGGAGGACUCACCGCCUCACAGAUGGAGGUGAAUAAGAAGCGAGAGGCCGAGCUCCUGCGUCUGAGGCGAGACCUGGAGGAGUCCUCGGUCCAGUCCGAGGCUCUAGCCGCCACGCUGAGGAAACGCCACAGCGACGCCAUGUCAGAGCUGAGCGAGCAGUGUGAGGCUCUGCAGAGGACCAGGGCCAAGCUGGAGAAGGAGAAGCAGAACCUGAGGAUGGAGGUGGAUGAGCUGGCAGCUUCACUGGACAAUCUGCAGAAAACCAAGACAUCCUCAGAGAAUCAGCUGAAAAAGAUGGAGGAGCAGUUGUCUGAGGCCAACAGGAGAGGAGACGACCUGCAGAGGGCGCUCACUGAGGUCAACGUGGCCAAAAACAGACUCACAGCUGAUAAUUCAGACAUAAGUCGACAGAUGGAGGAGACUGAGGGCAGAGCCAGUCAGCUGAGCCGAUCCAAGACUCUGCUCCAAUCACAACUGGAAGAACUGAAGAAACAACUGGACGAGGAGGUUAAGAGUAAACAGGCCUUGAGCAGCGGUCUGAGCUCAGCGAGGCAGGACUGCGAGGUGUUGAAGGAGCAGCUGGAGGAGGAGCAGGAGAGCAAGCAGGAGCUUCAGCGUCUCGUCUCCAAACUCAACAGUGAGGUGACGCACUGGAGGACCAAACACGAAUCCGACACCAUCCAGCACGCCGACGAGCUGGAGGACACCAAGAAGAAGUUGGCGUCUCGUCUCCAGGAGGCAGAGGAGGCCGUGGAAGCCACACAGGCCAAAUGUUCUUCACUGGAGAAAACCAAACAGAGGCUGCAGGGGGAGGUGGAGGAGCUCUGCAUGGACCUGGAGAAGGCCAGCAGCUGCGGUCAGGCUCUGGAUAAGAAGCAGCGAGUUCUGGAGAAGCAGCUCGGAGACUGGAGGCAGAAGUGUGAGGAGCUGGUGGCCGAAGUGGAGGGCUGCCAGAAGGAGAGCAGGCAACACGCCAGCGAGCUCUUCAAACUCAAGACAGCCCACGAAGAGUCUCUGGAGCAGCUAGAGGCUCUGCGGAGAGAGAACAAGGCCUACCAGGAGGAGAUCGCUGACCUCACAGAUCAGCUCUCGGAUGGAGGGAAGAGUGUCCACGAGCUCCAAAAGGCAAAAAAGAAGAUCGAGAUGGAGAAAGAAGAGUUACAGGCCUCACUGGAAGAAUCUGAGGCAGCUUUGGAGGCUGAGGAGACCAAGGUGUUGAGGCUGCAGUUGGAGUUGUCUCAGGCUAAAGGAGAUCUGGAACGCAGACUUCAGGAGAAGGAGGAGGAGAUGGAAGCUGCCAGAAAAAGCCACCAGAGGGCGCUGGAGUCCCUGCAGGCCAGUCUGGAUGUGGAGGUCAAAGGCAGAGCAGAAGGACUGAAGCUGAAGAAGAAACUGGAGGCUGACGUCAACGAGCUGGAGCUGCAGGUGGAUCUUCUGACCAAAAACAACACAGAACUGAGCAAGAACAGCAAGAAGAUGCAGCAGCAGAUUAAGGAGCUCCAGGCUCAGCUGGAAGAGGAGGUACGAAGCCACGAGGAGCAACAGGAGGAGCAGGCAGCUUUGGAACGACGCUGUGGUCUGUUGGUGGCAGAAGGGGAGGAGACUCGCUCUGCUCUGGAGACGGCGGAGAGGAACCGCAAAGCUCUGGAGACAGAAGUUCAGGAGGUCAAUGAGAAAUACAGUGACCUCAACAACCAGUUGCAGUCGGCUCUGAGUGGGAGGAGGAAGCUGGAGGUGGAUCUUCAGACUCUGCAGCAGGAGCACGAGGAGCUACAAGGAGAACUUAGAGGAUCCACAGACAAGGCCAAGAAGGCCAACUGUGAGUUGGCGCGAGUUGGUGAGGAGCUGCGUCUGGAGCAGGAGCAUACACUGCAUCUGGAGAGAGUGAAGAAAGGACUGGAGGCUCAGAUUAAAGACAUGAGCAGCAGACUGGACGAAGCCGAGCAGAUGGCGCUCAAAGGAGGCAAGAAGAUCAUCCAGAAGUUGGAGGGAAAGGUGAAGGAGCUGGAGCUGGAGUUGGACUCAGAGCAGAAGAGACACGCCGAGACGGUGAAGACGCUGCGUAAGAACGAGCGUAGGUUGAAGGAGCUGCUGUUCCAGUCCGAGGAGGACCAGAAGAACCAGCAGAGGAUGCAGGAGCUGGUGGAGAGGCUGCAGAACAAGAUGAAGGCCUACAAGAGACAAGUGGAGGAGGCUGAGGAACAGGCAAAUAUGAACUUGGCGAAGUACAGGAAGACCGUUCAUGAGCUGGAUGACGCCGAGGAACGAGCUGACAUCGCAGAGUCAGCGCUCACCAAGAUCAGGACCAAGAACCGAGGCAGCUUUGGCAAAGGCUACUCCUCUGGUUACAGCACACCGUACCCAGGUCUGGUCCGGUCACCCAGCUCCGUGGGCUCAGAGGGGAGGGGGGAGAAGAUCCUCAACGACGACAACGAGUCCGUCAGCUCCCUCAUCCCGGCGUAUCUCAACUCCCUCAAGAAGCUCAUGAUAGACUAGAACCGGCAGCGACACCAACACCUUCGGCUUUUUUUUGUAGCUGCGACUCUUUCCAGGGGCUAUCAUUGAUGUCAGGUGAAGACACGACUCUUAGUGUGAUGUACGAAACGUCCAACUGUAGUUUCAACACAUUCAGGUCCCAAACCAUCAGUGACACCUGUUUGUUUCUGCACAUUCCUAUUGAAUUUACCGAAAGUUUAUGCACACCUUCCACUCUAAGAUCACAACUGUAAUAACACACACCAGCGUUAUCCGACACUUUUAUAAGACUCUAUACUGUAAUAUUUGUACGUAAAAACACUUUGAAUGACAGGUGUACUACCACGUUUCAUAAUUCCAAUUUAGAGACACUUUGAUAUAAUCACUUACAUGUCAUUUGAAGCCAUUUGUUAAUUAUGAACAAUUAUGAAUCACACAAAUAAAUGUUCUUUUAGAUAAGUAUAUACCGUAAAUAUAUUGUCAUUAUUUUGUUGAUAGGCAUUAUUAAAGGUGUUGAUUAGUAUUAGCAUCACAAUACAGUUGGAAACUUCAAAUGUACUGUUUACUAUGCUCUUUUUACACACUAAAAUUAAUAACAAAAUUUGGGUCUAUUUUAGCUCCUUUAAUAUGCUAACAUUAGCUUAAUUAGCUAAUAACAGAAGCGAAUUUAGGCUAAUUAAAGGCUAUGGUCUAGCAAGUCAUCCAGAUGUAUAUCAAACUUUAAUCAAAAAAUGCUAGUUAAUGAAGCGGCUUAAUUUAUAAAUGUAUGCUAAAAAAAAAUAAAUCUUUAAAUUUACUUGUAAUAAAAUUGCCCAUUUGGUUGCUCGCAUUUUAUCUUGGACAUUCGGGUUGCUGAGUUAGCUUCUACUUGCAAUAUUAUCAUGGUAAAAUUAAAGUUAGCCAAAUGUUUAUCAAACUUUAAUAAAUAAAAACUACUACUUUAUAUAGCCAUUUCAGUUCCAUACUGAUACUAACGUCAAACUCUUUAGAUAUAUUUUAACUUUAAUUUUGUUCAGUGAAAAUGAUAAUGUAAGUACCGCUACACUACAAGGCUAUGCUAACAGCACAGCACGGACAUUUAGGUGAACAAAUUAGCUUCUACUUCUGUAACAAACCAGCUGAAAAAUGCUAAUUUAUCAACAUAGCCUGCACUGUAUCAAAGUUUAAUAAAUAAAGUUAUCGAUAUCCAUAUUUCAUGGUCAAACUGCUGCUAAAUACAUAAAUCUCUAUAAACAGUAUUAGCUAAAACAGCAGCUAAUUUAGUGAUGCUAAUUAGCAAGUUAGUUUCUGCUUAGCCUAACUAUGCUAUUAUGUUAAAAAAUAAUUUUAUCUAGCAUGGCUACAAACAGGAAAUAUUAAUCAACACCCACUUCAAAAUAUUUAAUGUAAAAAUAAAUAAUAAAUAAUCUGAAAUUAUUUGUUUAUUAUUAACAAAUUGCUAAUAAAUGACAGAGAGGCUCAUUAUUCUAAAGUGUUAUUCACCAAAGUGUUACUUACGACAGAUUUGUAGGUACUUUUAUCUAAACAGUUUGAUAAAUUCCCAGUUCCUCUGAACAUUUAUCCCCUUCUUUAUUAUUACCGCCAACAAUUAUGCCAAGGCUUGACCAAACCAUUUUAUUGUUGAAUGUGAAAAUGUGUUUUGUUUUGUUUUUUUUAGCGAAUAAAAGCCUUUUUUUCAUUUA